GUCACAGAUCACUACAGAGAAUAUUAAAUUUUUAAGGUAGCUGUACUAAAUUUUAAGUUCCUUUUACUUUAUUUUUAAUACAAUAAUGUCGUACUCCGCGAAAUCGGUGCUCAAGGAGGGCUCCACCCAACUGGACCACAUCUGUGAGCUAGAACUUUCGCAGCAGGCCUCCCACCAGCGCCUGGUGUCCCUGAUCGCGACCAUAUCCCUAAGUUCUCGCAAUGUGGACACCAUCUAUAGCAUGAUAAUGCGUGGGGUGAAUAUAUUUCGCCUCAAUUUCUCCCACGAAUCGCACGAGAUGCACUCGAAAACGAUCGAGCUGAUCAACGAGGCGCUGGAGAGGAUUCAGAAGGAGACGGGUCAGAUCCGAACGGUGGCCAUUGCGGCGGACACGCGUGGACCGCAGAUCAGAACGGGUCUUCUGGAUGGGGAUGUCUUCCUGCGUGCCGGCGACAAUCUGCGGCUCUCGAUCAACCGGGAUCUGUACGACAAGGGCAACAAGGAGGCGGUCUACGUGGACUAUCCCAAUAUCAUCAACCUGACCAAAACCGGUGAUCGCCUUUUCAUCGAUGAUGGCAAGCUGCUACUCCACAUCAUGGAGGUCGGAGUGGAUGGGCUUCUGUGCGAGGUCAUCCAGGGUGGCCAGUUGAACAACAAUUGCAAUGUGAUCCUGCCGGAGAUCGAGAUUGAUCUGCCAGCCGUGUCCGAGAAGGACAUGUUCGACAUCCAGUUCAGCAUGAAGUCCAAUGUGGACUUCUUGUUCGCCUCGGCUGUGCGCAGUGCCAAGAAUGUCAAGGAGCUGCGAACGGUGCUGGGCGAGAAGGGCAAGCACAUCAAGAUCAUCGCCAAGAUGGACAGCAAGAUAGCGCUGAGUCGCUUCACGGAAAUAAUGAAGGCGGCGGAUGGUCUGCUGCUAUCCCGAGCGGAUCUGGGCACUCAGAUACCCAUCGAGAAGCUCUUCAUCACCCAGAAGAGCAUCCUGGGGCAGUGCAACAAGGCGGGCAAGCCGGUUAUAGUGGCCUCGCACAUCCUGGAAUCGAUGCGCACCCAUCAGCAUCCCACGCGCGCCGAGUGCUUCGAUCUGGCCAAUGCCAUUAUCGAUGGAGCAGACUGCAUCAUGCUGUCCUCCGAGGUGGCCAUCGGUCCGUAUCCCAAGGAGGCGGUGGCCACCUGCGAUAUUUUGUGCCGCGAGGCUGAGAAGGUCCUGUGGUUCCGGGAUCUAUUCUCUGAUUUGGUCAGCGAGGUGCGUGGCGAGCUGGAUGCAGCACACUCCUUGGCCGUUGCCACCGUGGAGACGGCCAAGAGAACGAAUUCCACCCUCAUCAUUGUCCUGACCACCUCGGGUCGCUCCGCCACCUUGGUCAGCAAGUUCCGCCCACGUUGUCCUAUCCUGGCGGUCACCCGGUGCGAGAGGACCGCCCGAUGGGUCUAUAUGCAUCGCGGGGUUCUGCCCGUUUUAUAUACCUCGGAACCCAGCACGGACUAUGCCACCGAUGUGGAUGCCCGGGUGCAGUUUGCCCUGACCUCCGCCAAAAAGUGGGGCAUCAUCGAGGACGGUGAUCCCAUCGUGAUCUUAAGUGCCUGGAGGGAUGGCGGCGGUUUCACCAACAAUGUCCGGGUGGUAUACGCCUUUUUCGAGGCUGACCGGGUGGAUUGCCUCUUUAGGUCGGACAGGCGGCGAUCCCAAAAGAACACAAACCUUGUGAUGGCGAAUCGAGAACAGGAGGUUACAGAAACGAAAAAGUCCCGUGUGUGAAGUCCUUUCUAUAAAAACUAAUGGAGUUUCUAAAUGUGUUAUCCAAAUGAAAUAUUUAGGCCUUUUAAAAUAUAUAAAUAUACAC